AUCUCGAGCAUUAGUAUCUUACGCAUUAAUAAUUUUAAUUGGUUUGAUCACCCGUGAUGCAAAUCACGUGGUAAAAUGCACUCCAGUGCCGAUUAGCACCACCAGCUCAAAGGAAUACCUGCCACGGACGACUGGAAAUGAAACACCAGUUACUGUCGAACGCGAUACACCACUUGAAAAAGUUUCGUUUAUUGAAAACCUUGCAUCGUCUCUCAAAAUUUUUGGGGGCAUAGCAGUGGUGAACUCCAAUACCAGCGCAAAUUCAGAACCAGUUGUUGAAAGGAAUAAUACGUACUCUUCUAACGCCACCCACCCUAAUCGGAGUGAUGAAGUGUCGGGAAGUUUGCAAGAGGUGCAGGGUGAAAACUUGAGCAAGGCGCCAAGCGAUGAAUCAGAAGACAGUGGAAUCAAUUCUAGGAGCAGAAUGGCGCAAAUAAGUUCAACGAUUCAACGUCAUGAAUCUGCUUUGGAUCGAGAUAUUCGUCUGUAUUUAGAGAAAACGUCUACUGCCCCCAAGGUUGAAGUAAAAAUGUUAACAGCAAAAAAUGACUACAGUGCAAAUUCUAGCAAUUUAAGUGCAUCCACUAAUGAAGCUAAGAAUCAUGUCGCCCAAAGCAUAAUGGGUUACAUUAUGGUUCAGCUUUUUGAAUUCACUCGAAUCGUACGACGAUUAUUUCAAAAUUUUAUCUCGUUAGCGUUUGCACCAAGUCACGUAACGGAUUCCUUGUCAGCCAACAUUUUAGAACAACUUAACAUUCUUGAAGAAAAUUUUCAAGAAUUUUCCGACGUUGUUGCAUUGAAUGUUGCGGCAACCUGGCAAGCGUUCCUGAAGACGCAGCCUCAGAAAGUUAAGAUUGAAUCUCUUCGAAAAAUCAAAACCCUCGUGAGAGAAAUAAACUUGGGUCUUGAUAGUCUCCACAGACGACUGACUCAACACUUGAGUCUAAACGAUGCCGUAUUCUACCUGCACCACAGCCUCACCGUGCUAAAUAAAAUAGCUGGUCCUUUCAACAAUAAACUUUUUUCCAAUAUAUUUUCUAGUCAUGUUUGGGUAUCUAACUUCAUUUCCGGAAAUAUAGUGAAUGAAAUCUGUGAAUCAAAAAACCACUGGGAAAAAAAUUCAUUGGAAAUUACUGCAGGAGCUCUUAGGAAUAUUCUGUCUUCUUUUGGCAAUUUUGUUGAUGAAUACUUACUGUACCUUAAUCUUAACGCCAUAUUCUCGACAAUAGACGCGGAAAUGAUUCGACAAGCGAUAGAUUUCAGUUGUUUUUACAUAAAUGAAGUGGCUGGAGUUGAACCAAUUGGUAUUAAAAAUAUUCUCAAUAAAAAUAAUAGUUCAAUGGUGCCAUACUCGGAAGAUGUUGAGACUUCUGGAGGAGACCGUUUGCUGGUCCGCAACCGAAGAAUGCUGGGCGGGUGGGACGACCUGUUCGAUAUCAACGUUUUCACUGAACGCGUAAAAGAAUUGCCUUUUAUGCAGAAAGAAUGGAACUUUGGUAAAAUGCUCGAGUCCAUGAAGAAAUCCAUGAAUAUUGCCUGGUUAGCUCUGGCAAGUGGGGACGCGAAGGUCCUGACCAUUGCCUCCUUCGGUGACAUUUUAUCGCCAGCGCUCAACUCGGGCUCAGACCUUCAUAAACAGUGCUCCGAUUUGAUAGGAAAACUGCAAUUCUACAGAAGAAGCACGCUGAAGGACAUGGAAGGACUGAUGAGGAUCCUACUGGAGCGAGCCACGGCGCUGAAGUGUUACGAGCUUGGUUCCUCAGACCCCAUCCUGCGGCGGCUGCAGUUCCUCCUCAACAUCCUCAAGACCAAAAGAAACGUCGUUGAAGAUCCUGACGAUCCUUUGAACAUCGCCAAACGCCGCAUGGAGGUCGCCAUGCUUGAUCCCUCACGUCGCAAACUUCACUGACAAGUUAACAGUUAAGGACGGGAAUAUCUAUGCGGUAAUCGCAAUGUUUAUCAUGCCUUGAUAUUUUAAUUUAUCAUGAAAGGUGUCAUGUAAGAACAAAUUUGCAAUCACCAUGAAACUCGAAAUUGUCGCAAAUAUUUUGGAGUGACUAUCUGAAUGCCUGCCGCUGUUUUAAAUUUGGGUUUCGCAUUAUAAAUUCAUUAUGAAGUAUUGGCUUUUCCUCUCGGCGAAUUUUUAUCUCAAAAUAUAAUUCUUAUCGUAAAUGAAAAUUUGUUUUUUAACUUCACGUGAAUAUUCGUAUGUACAUAAAAUAUCUAGAAUUUUUAGCACGAAUGAGCCAGAUGGGGGGCACGAGCAAACUGUUAAUAAACAUUAGUAACAUUUUCCCAUCCUGGAAUUUUACACAAUUCUGCUUCUAAGAACAGAUUAGAAAUAUCUGUUUUGACUUUUAGCCAUCUUCGAUAUCUUGAUGGCCAUUACAUUGGAAUCAUAUUUUUAAUCGGGGACGCUUCGCAAAUUGCGCGUGAAAAACUUUACUUGUGAUACAAAUCUAGAAAUGUAGAGUAAAUGAAAUCCCCAAGAUAGUGAGAAAAAUCCCAACUCUAAUUAAACGUGUUUUCUUAAACUAUCACGCAAAUUCACGCUUAACCAUACCCUGAAUGCAUGUAAACAAAAGAACAAAAAUGUCCUCUACAUUUUAUG